AUUCUUUAUUGAUAAUGAGUGCUGCAAAAUUUAUGAAUAUCUUAUCUCAAAGAGAUCAAUAGUAAAUAACCUUUCUAAUUAUUUUUAGAUACCUGGAAAAUCCAUAACUUAAUUCUUAUUAACAAUUCAAACAGGCGAUAUAGACACUUGGUUUUCAACAAAAAUAACCAACUUUAAUGAAUUAGAAAAAUCAAUGUACUCCACCUACAUCUGAUAAUUCACCAUAUUUCUUUUCGAAAUAAGAAUAAUGGCAAAAAACUUAAGACUAGUUGGCUCAAUAAAUAAACCCUAGUACUAACAAAUCUUAUCGUGCUAUUUACCCAAAUUAAAAAUUAACAUCUAUCGAAGAAAGAUACUAAUAACACAAUUCAUAAUCUUAUUUUAUGAAUGGUAUGUUAUCAUCCGAGCUUAGUCCACUUCUAAAAUAUAAAUCUCAAAGUCCUUCAUUAAAGGAGAAAUGCAAUGGUGAUAUGAACUUCAUUUAAUAAUAGAUGUCUCAACCUACUUUUAAAAAGUCUAACCUUAAGAUAAAAUCAGAUGAAGAAGGAAGGAUUAAAAAAAAAAAAACAGUUUAGAUAGUCGAAAUCUAAUCAGAGAGAAAUAAUGAAAUCAAUGAAUUAAAGCAAAGCCCUAAAAAAAUAAUAUCGAAAACUCAAGUUAGGACUGUGUAAGACUUUUUAGUAGAAAAAUCCAACAACAAAAAAAAAUGA